AUGUGUGAUACACAAACAACACUCACCCAUUUUGUGCAUAGAGCCCGCCCCCCCCUCCCUCACCCGCCCUCAGCUGCCUCCCCCCUCCCUCACCCGCCCUCAGCUGCCUCCCCCCUCCCUCACCUGCUCUCAGCUGCCUCCCCCCUCACACACCUGCCCUCAGCUGCCUCCCCCCUCACACACCCGCCUCCCCCCUCCGUCACCGGCCUCCCCCCUCCCUCACCCGCUCUCAGCUGCCUCCCCCUCACACACCCGCCUCCCCCCUCCGUCACCCGCCCUCAGCUGCCUCCCCCUCACACACCCGCCUACCCCCUCCGUCACCCGCCCUCAGCUGCCUCCCCCUCACACACCCGCCUCCCCCCUCACACACCCGCCUCCCCCCUCCGUCACCCGCCCUCAGCUGCCUCCCCCCUCACACACCCGCCUCCCCCCUCACACACCCGCCUCCCCCCUCCUCCGUCACCCGCCCUCAGCUGCCUCCCCCUCACACACCCGCCUACCCCCUCCGUCACCGGUCUCCCCCCCUCCCUCGCCCGCCCUCAGCUGCCUCCCCCUCACACACCCGCCUCCCCCCUCACACACCCGCCUCCCCCCUCCCUCACCCGCCCUCAGCUGCCUCCCCCCUCCCUCACCCGCUCUCAGCUGCCUCCCCCCUCACACACCUGCCCUCAGCUGCCUCCCCCCUCACACACCCGCCUCCCCCCUCCGUCACCGGCCUCCCCCCUCCCUCACCCGCUCUCAGCUGCCUCCCCCUCACACACCCGCCUCCCCCCUCCGUCACCCGCCCUCAGCUGCCUCCCCUUCACACACCCGCCUACCCCCUCCGUCACCCGCCCUCAGCUGCCUCCCCCUCACACACCCGCCUCCCCCCUCCGUCACCCGCCCCUCAGCUGCCUCCCCCUCACACACCCGCCUCCCCCCUCACACACCCGCCUCCCCCCUCCGUCACCCGCCCUCAGCUGCCUCCCCCCUCACACACCCGCCUCCUCCCUCACACACCCGCCUCCCCCCUCCGUCACCCGCCCUCAGCUGCCUCCCCCUCACACACCCGCCUCCCCCCUCACACACCCGCCUCCCCCCUCCGUCACCCGCCCUCAGCUGCCUCCCCCUCACACACCCGCCUCCCCACUCUCACACACCCGCCUCCCCCCUCCCUCACCCGCCCUCAGCUGCCUCCCCCCUCCCUCACCCGCUCUCAGCUGCCUCCCCCCUCACACACCUGCCCUCAGCUGCCUCCCCCCUCACACACCCGCCUCCCCCCUCCGUCACCGGCCUCCCCCCUCCCUCACCCGCUCUCAGCUGCCUCCCCCUCACACACCCGCCUCCCCCCUCCGUCAAACGCCCUCAGCUGCCUCCCCCUCACACACCCGCCUACCCCCUCCGUCACCCGCCCUCAGCUGCCUCCCCCUCACACACCCGCCUCCCCCCUCCGUCACCCGCCCUCAGCUGCCUCCCCCUCACACACCCGCCUACCCCCUCCGUCACCGGUCUCCCCCCUCCGUCACCCGCCCUCAGCUGCCUCCCCCUCACACACCCGCCUCCCCCCUCCCUCACCCGCCCUCAGCUGCCUCCCCCUCACACACCCGCCUCCCCCCUCCGUCACCGGCCUCCCCCCUCCGUCACCCGCCUCCCCCCUCCGUCACCGGCCUCCCCCCUCCGUCACCGGCCUCCCCCCUCCGGCCUCCCCCCUCCGUCACCCGCCUCCCCCGUCCGUCACCCGCCUCCCCCGUCCCUCACCCGCCUCCCCCCUCCGUCACCGGCCUUCCCCCGCCUGCACGGUGA